GCCAGCCUUCUGCGUCGAGAGGGCACGCUGCACUCAGCGCAAUUACGCGGACUCCAAACUGGCACAGCGGUCAGAGCGAAAAGAGACAUUUUCCCGCUAUUGACCGAAGUGCAAAUGGACUUUAAAUCACGUCAUCCGGAUCGUUUUGAGAACUUGUUUUGAGCACUUCAAUGCAGUUUACGGCACAACAGCUGUGACUGUUAUGUUUAUCACGCAUGUGCUCUGAGCACAUCGCCAUUUAAUAAACUGAUUUUUUUUUCUUUUUAGAUUGCUUUCCUUCUUCUCUAAAAUUGGCUCCCGUACAAACAGCCGCGUUGGAUCCCUCGGCUUACUGCGAGACUCCGGUGUAUAACCCGGAUCUCUGCCCUAAUAUGAUAGCCGCCCAGGCAAAGUUAGUGUAUCACCUCAACAAAUACUACAACGAGAAAUGUCAAUCUCGGAAGGCGGCCAUCUCCAAGACCAUCCGCGAGGUGUGCAAGGUGGUGUCGGAUGUGCUGAAGGAGGUGGAGGUGCAGGAGCCGCGCUUCAUCAGCUCCCUCAGCGAGAUGGAUAACCGCUUCGAGGGACUGGAGGUCAUCUCUCCCACCGAGUUUGAGGUCGUCCUCUAUCUGAAUCAGAUGGGAGUAUUCAACUUCGUAGAUGACGGCUCUCUGCCGGGCUGCGCCGUCCUCAAGCUCAGCGACGGCCGCAAGAGAAGCAUGUCUCUGUGGGUCGAGUUCAUCACCGCCUCCGGGUACCUCUCUGCGCGCAAGAUCCGGUCGAGAUUUCAGACGUUGGUGGCCCAGGCUGUGGAUAAGUGCAGCUAUAGAGAUGUUGUGAAAAUGGUCGCAGACACGAGCGAGGUGAAGCUGCGCAUAAGAGACAGAUACGUUGUGCAAAUAACGCCCGCUUUCAAGUGCACUGGCAUCUGGCCGCGAAGCGCUGCGCACUGGCCUCUGCCGCACAUACCCUGGCCGGGACCCAACCGAGUUGCAGAAGUCAAGGCGGAGGGUUUCAAUUUGUUAUCCAAAGAAUGCUACUCGCUGAACGGCAAGCAGAGCUCGGCAGAGAGCGACGCCUGGGUGUUGCAGUUCGCCGAGGCCGAGAACCGGCUCCUCCUGGGCGGAUGCAGGAAGAAAUGCUUGUCGGUCCUCAAGGCGUUGCGAGACCGUCACCUGGAGCUGCCGGGACAGCCUCUGAACAACUACCACAUGAAAACUCUGGUUUCCUACGAGUGUGAGAAACAUCCCCGGGAGUCGGACUGGGAUGAAAACUGCCUGGGCGAUCGCCUGAACGGGAUACUAUUGCAGCUUAUUUCGUGUUUGCAGUGCAGGAGGUGCCCGCAUUAUUUUCUGCCUAAUUUAGACCUGUUUCAAGGAAAACCGCACUCAGCCCUAGAGAACGCGGCCAAACAGACUUGGCGACUGGCAAGAGAAAUACUGACCAACCCCAAAAGCUUGGAGAAACUCUGAGAUUAAGAGAUAGAGUGAAGAAUUUGCUCUGGGGAAGAAGACAAAAGGAAACACCACAGCGGCAACAAGAUUAACUCGAGGUCAUCAGGUUUAAUGAAGACAGACAUGCGAGGUUGAGCGAGGGAUGAGGAACCACACUGUAAUGUUAGAAAACUCCCCAGGAUCACCAGCUUUCCAGAACCAAUCUUUUACAGAAAAUGUGGCACAUUCGAGCAAUGCCCAGCUCAAUUUCAACACCCAUUGAAAUUGAUGAUUAUGUGAAUGGGCCCCUUUCCAGAUAUAAUUAGCACAGUGUACAAGGUUAAGUGUGGCCCAAGGGCAAAGAAAAUGAAUAUAUUGGGAAGCCAGAACAAAGGACUAUCAUGUUUAAGAUAAGGUUCAGUUAAAAAAGAACAAACAUUUGUAAUUGCAGGGUGGGUUUUAAAGAAGUUGCAUAUUUUUAAGAAGU